AUGGCCGUCGCGACUGCGUUCCUGCAGGGCCCGCUCCUGGGCACACUCACAAUCCUGCUGCUGUACGGCGUCAACUGCAUGCAGCUCUUCUUCUACUCGCAGAACUACAACGACCAGAUGUCGCUGAGGCUGCUCGUCCUGGGGAUUUGGGUUCUCGAGACCGUGUUUGUUGGCCUCUCGAUCAACUUCAUCGAGUUCUAUGUUAUUGAACACUUCACGGACAUUCAAAUGCUGGAGAAACCCGUCUGGAGCGUGCCUGCCGCCUUUUUAGUCGGCUUCACCGUGGCGUUCAUUGUCAACCUCGCUUUCAUCUGGAGAAUAUGGCGGAUAUGCGAGAAGGGGAAGUACUGGGUCACGAUUUCCUUGAUUGUGCUCGCUUUCACUCGUCUUGGUAGGUGGACGCCCAUUCCGGUGCGCAAUGUCAGGCUCACCGCAUUCACAGCUCUGGGAUGGGUGAACGGCAUCCUUGCGUUUUCGAGUGUAACCUGGCUAGAGUUCCGUGAAUCCGCAUUCGGGACGAUCAUCUCCAGCUGGUUCCUCUCAGCCGUGGUCGACAUCCUGAUCGCCGUAUCCCUAUCCUUCUACCUAUACGGCAGACGCACCGGCAUGUCACGGACAGACAACAUCAUCAACCGUCUUCUGAUGUACACGAUCAACACGGGCGCUUUGACUUCGAUAGGGGCUAUUCUCGUCCCCGUCGCGUUCCUUGCGCUGCCAAAGUCGACGGCGUUCCUUGGUGUUUUGCAAGUUCAAACCAAGCUGUAUUCAAUCUCUUUCAUGGCUUCGCUUAAUUCGCGCAAGUCCACAAUCGCACAUGCGGAACGCAAAGUGCCAACGGUCGAAGGCACCCCGCUAGCGACGCUCCCACAGACGCCGCGCCUUCUCAAGCACUUCAGUAUGCGCAAGAGCGGGGAAGGCAUGUCCGAGCCAGUUCUCCCACGGAUAGAGAUCCAGCGGACAACCGUGACGGAUGUGUACCUCGAGCGCGGCGACGUCGAUGGCAACGAUAUCCGCGAUUCGGACGACGACGCCCUCUCCUCGCAGGAUCGCAAACAUUACGUGUCGCGGGACGCUAAACGAUCCACGCUGUCUGUUCCCGAGACGCCAUCAAGCCCGCGCUCGCCUCUGCGACCCGCAUCGGGGGAGCGGCCGCGGCUCGCGCCGAUCGUGGUCCAGCACGGACACGCUCGCUAA